UACGAGACGGAUGCUCGUCCGCCUCGUAGACUAUAUUCUACCUUGUCCCUUUACUUUCGGUUCCUUUCUAUCCCCUUUUUUUUAUUUUUUUUUCUCUUCUUUUCUCCUUUUCCUAUAUCUUCAUUUCCUUCUUUCAAAAGUAAAGGUUGCCGGUUCCGAUAAUUUACAACAAUUUUUGAAUAAUUAUCGACGGACUCCCCGGAAAUUCAAUAAGGACAGUUUAAGUGCUAGGUUGUUCCAUCAGUGGUUAAGUGUCUCGAAGAAUUUUAAAAUCAUAAAUUUAUCACAUCUGAAAAUUAAUUAUAGGACUGAAGAACUAAACCUGAUGGCGAAUUUAGUUUUUCAUCCAGUAAAUUAAACUCAGUGAAUUGAUAGUGUUUGGACGAUAUUUUAUUUUAGCCUUUGGAAUCGAAUCUCCUCGAAGGUCAGAAUUCGCAUUCCAAGGCUCGGUCAGUAUAAUAAAGAUUUUCAAAACAAACAGUGACCUUGGGAUUAAGGGAUUCAGUAUAUUGGACAUUCACAUCAAAACAAAACAAAUUUUGGAAUGUUUUCGAGUCAAGCUGCUAGUGGAUUUAAAUCAGUGCUUCCCUCUAUGAGGGUUCUCUAACAUCUCCGUUUGGAUUUUAUAAACUGAAAGUUGUCCUGAUUUCGAGUUUCUCGAAGCAUUGGACAGAUGUCAUUAUAUUUCAAGAGAGAAUGCAUGGCACUUGCCCCUAUCCGAGGACGGGGAUAUAGCAAGUCAAAGGAAUAGAAUAGAAUUCACUAACGUCGAGAAUACGGUCCCUGGUAUUGCGCAGAGUGAAAGAAAUGUUGAAGCUUAAAAACCAAUAUACAACGUUGAAACGUCCACUUUUUUACUGGCUGGUGGCGGUAUUUAACAGAGUUGAUGAAAAACGAAUUAAAGAACUCGGACCUGAUCGAGCCUGCGCUGAGUGGCUUUUGAGGAAUGGAGCCGCUGUUCAGUGGACGGGCGGUCGUGCUUACCUUAAAGACUACAAUGCUCUUCCGCAGGAGACGAAGGUCGUCAGGCCCUCUUAUAUUCAAGGAGUUGAUGGCACUAAUUCUGGGAUUAGUCACGAAGGCUUUCCACACUUCUCUGGAUGCAAAUAUGUGCUAGAGAUGAAACUCGUUAACUGCGUUUAUAUUGGAAAUAAUGCGCUGGAUUUAUUGUAUCUAUUGAAAGAUUCUCUGCAAUCUCUUGAGAUUUCUAACUGCGGAAAUGUGACGGACGCAGGACUUAAGCAUUUGAAGAUUUUACAGAAAUUGAAGAUGCUGAAACUUUCAAAUCUUCCAGCAGUUGAAAAUGGCGUAUUGGUGACAGAAGAAUUGAAGAAAUCUCUGCCAAAUUGUCAAAUAAAUUUUCAAUAAAGUUUGUGCUAUUUA